UUGGCGGUUGCCUGUCAUCCUUCGCAAAACAUUGAAACACGCACUCGAGGCGCAUCGCCAUUCCCUCGGCUGCACAGCCCACAACCUGAGCGAGCUGGUCCGCUCAACGACCCACCUUUCCUUGCACAUAUACAACCACAUUCUACACACUCCGUGGACGCCGGAGUGAAUACUCCAUCAGCACCGCAGCCAUGAAUGUCCUCAAAUUACAAAAGAAAUACCCUCAAUUCCCGCAAUCCGACAUCUAUGGCCUCUCAGAUGCCUUCCGAAAGCUCGACGUCGACGACAAGGGCUACGUCGACGAAGCGACCGCGAUCAAGGCUGCCCAGAACAGCGAGCGACAACCUUACGACGUCGUCCGACAGGCCCUGAAAGAGGUCGAGCUGGACAGUUCGCGACGUGUUGAAUUGGACGACUAUGUCGACCUCAUCGCGCGGCUUCGUGAGAGCAGCCCGGCACAACAGCGCACCCGUGGUUUCAGCAACGCCGUCAAGCCCGACCUCGCCUCUGCGCCGACUCCAGCUCCUUCGCACGCCAGCAAGGGAAGCAUCGGCGGCGCCCCAGCAGCAAAGGCGGGCCGUAUCACCGUGGGAGGUUCAACCGCGAGCUCCCAGCACACCAUCAACGAAGACGAGCGAACCGCCUUUACAUCACACAUCAAUGCAGUCCUCGCGGGCGAUGCGGAUAUCGGCCACCUCCUACCAUUCCCACUCGACACCUUCGAAAUGUUCGACUCGUGUCGUGACGGUCUCGUCCUCGCCAAGCUCAUCAACGACAGCGUGCCGGAUACCAUCGACGAGCGAGUCCUCAACCGGGAGGGCAAAAAGAUUAAAAAGUUGAAUGCAUUCCAUAUGACGGAAAACAACAACAUUGUUAUCGAGUCUGCAAAGGGUAUCGGCUGUUCGGUGGUCAACAUUGGAAGCGGUGAUAUCAUCGAGGUCCGCGAGCACUUGAUUCUGGGUCUCAUCUGGCAGGUGAUCCGCCGUGGUCUCUUGGGCAAGAUUGACAUCAAGCUCCAUCCCGAAUUGUACCGACUAUUGGAAGACGGCGAGACCCUUGAGCAAUUCCUGCGACUACCUCCGGAGCAAAUUCUUCUGCGAUGGUUCAACUACCACCUGAAGAACGCUGGCUGGCACCGGAAGGUCCAGAACUUCUCAGGUGAUGUCAAAGAUGGUGAGAACUACACGGUCCUGCUAAACCAACUGGCACCGAACAUCUGCUCGAGAUCGCCUCUGCAAACCCAGGAUUUGCUGCAACGCGCCGAACAAGUUUUGCAAAACUCCGACCGCCUCGAUCCUCCUUGCCGGAAAUUCUUGACGCCCAAAUCUCUCACUGCUGGUAACCCGAAACUGAACUUGGCUUUCGUGGCCAACCUGUUCAACAACCACCCUGGCUUGGACCCUAUCACCGAAGAAGAAAAGGCAGAGAUCGAAGACUUCGACGCCGAAGGUGAGCGUGAAGCGCGUGUCUUUACCCUCUGGCUAAACUCGCUCAACGUCCAACCCGCCGUAUCCUCCUUCUUCGACGACCUUAAAGACGGCAUCGUCCUCCUCCAAGCCUACGACAAAGUCAUCCCGAACAGCAUCAACUGGCGGCACGUCAACAAACCACCCGCCAACGCCGUCACCCCGGUGAGCCAAGACCCGGACGAAACCUACCUCACCAUCAAAUCCGGCAUGUCCCGCUUCAAAGCGGUCGAGAACACCAACUACGCCGUCGAGAUCGGCAAGCAGAACCGCUUCAGCCUCGUCGGCCUCCAGGGCGCCGACAUCACCGACGGCCAACGCACCCUCACCCUCGGUCUCGUCUGGCAGCUCAUGCGCCGCGACAUCACCCGCACCCUGGCCAGCCUCGCGCAGCGCCUGGGCAAGCGCGAAAUCUCCGACCCGGACAUGGUCUCCUGGGCGAACUCGACCGCGGCCAAGGGCGGCCGCGGCACCUCGAUCCGCAGCUUCAAGGACAGCAACAUCGCCUCGGGCGUGUUCCUGCUCGACGUCCUCAACGGCAUGAAGAGCAGCUACGUCGACUACGACCUCGUCGCCCCCGGCCGCACCGACGACGAACGCCACGCCAACGCCAAGCUGGCCAUCUCCAUCGCCCGCAAGAUGGGCGCCACCAUCUGGUUGGUCCCCGAGGACAUCACGAGCCUGCGCACGAGGUUGAUCGUCACCUUCAUCGGGAGCCUGAUGGCGACGGCCGAGAGCGGGUGAGGAUACCUGGUGUGUGGUCUGUGGGGAAAAUGUGAUGGAUGAGUGGAUGGGAUGAUGGAUGAUGAUGCGCGCACUCGAAAUUUUGGUGUUUUCAU